AUGUGGUACGCACAUCUGAUGUUGAGUUCGGCUUUAUCUUCACUCUCUGGGGUGAAGAAAAUGGAGAUAAAUAGGAAGCAGCAGAAGGUGACAGUAUCAGGAUAUGCAGAAGCAAAUAAGGUGUUGAAGAAGGCAAAAUCAACAGGGAAGAAAGCAGAAAUAUGGCCAUAUGUGCCUUACAAUUUGGUAUCUCAGCCUUAUGCUUUGGCUUCUUAUAAUAAGGAUGCCCCUCCUGGUUAUGUCAGGAUGGUGGAUUUUGUUGAAACCCCGAAAAUUGGUACAGUCUCCCGAUAUGAUCAGGACCCUCUUAUCUCCAUGUUCAGUGAUGAUAACCCAAAUGCUUGGUCUAUUAUGUAG